AUGAAAGACAUUGAUACAAAACGCCCGAGGAGGUUAGAUCUCAAUGCUCCACUCUUGUCAACCAGACGAUCUAACCUUACUCCGGCGAUUGUUAGAGAUAUGAGAUCUAGCUUAGAAUUAUCACGUGCAGGCUCCCUACGUGGUUUGUCUAAUAGGGUGCCCUUUUCAUGGGAGCAGAGUCCUGGCAAGCCUAAAGACGCUAUAACAAGUGAUCAGAAUGGUGUCGAAGAAGGUAAUAAAGUCUUGCCUCUUCCUAAACCACCUCCAUUCCGUUGGCAAGAAGACGUGCCAACAUUAACCAACCACAAUAACGGUGACAAUGGAGACUGUGGUGAAGGUAUAGCUGACAAGAACAAGAACAACAACGACAACAAUGAUGAUGGUGGUAGUUUUUCGGAUGCCAUAGACUUGUUCUCCCUAGCAGAGUCAUUAACUACUAGCGAAAGACUCGAUUUGGAGAGUGAUUUUAAUGGAGAUAAUGGAUCAUUGUCACCAAAUUUCAUGAUCCAAAGAUUUCUUCCUGCAGCAACUGCAUUGGCUGCAUCAUCAUUGUCAGCUUUAGCAGCUAACAAAGAUAAAAACAAUCAUCCUAGUAGUGAUAAGAAUUAUAUGCGGGUGCUUUCUAGCAGCAAUCAUUUUAGUGAAGGAUCAUGUGUUCCUAGAGUAGCAGGGGAAGCAUACUCUUCAACUAAAGGUUGUGGGUUCCAAAUCUUUUUUCCAUGGCGCGCCAAACACAGGCUAUGUGGAGUUAAGAGUCCAGUGCGACGCGUUCAUGCCAACAUGAAACCUCAAAUUAGCCCAAGACAGAAGUAA